CGAUUACGAUUACUACCCUCUCAGAUCCACCGCCGCCCGAGUAACACGGAGGAGACCUCGCGAUGCCGCCGCCGCCGCAGCCGAACGGGGGGAAGGUGACGCCCAACUUGGCCAUGGACGCCGAGGGCACGCGCCUGCUCAACCUCACCGUCCUGCAGCGCCUCGACCCCGCCGUCGAGGACAUCCUCAUCACCGCCGGCCACGUCACGCUCUACGACUUCAACAUCGACAAAAACCAGUGGAGCCGGAAGGACGUAGAGGGAUCGCUCUUCGUGGUGAAGAGGAACUCGCAGCCCAGGUUCCAGUUCAUCGUCAUGAACAGGCGCAACACUGAUAAUCUUGUGGAGGAUCUAUUGAGUGAUUUUGAAUAUGAACUUCAGCCUCCAUAUUUGUUGUACCGGAAUGCUACACAAGAAGUAAAUGGCAUUUGGUUUUAUAAUCAACACGACUGCGAAGCCGUUGCGAGUCUGUUUGGAAGGAUUCUGAAUGCUUACGCCAAAGUGCCCCCAAAGCCAAAAGUGUCUUCCAUAAAAAGUGAGUUUGAGGAGUUAGAGGCUGUUCCUACAUCCUCUGCCAUCGAUGGCCCCCUUGAACCUCCUCCAUCAUCUAGUGCAAUUUCUGAUACCCUUGACGAAUCAUUCGCCAAUUAUUUUAGUAACGCUGCCAACAUUGGGAGUGUACCAAGUGCACCGAUGACUGGAAUAGCUCACCAACCCACAGAGUUUGCUGCUCUCAUUUCAUCUGCUGGUGCAACACAUGAAAUUACUGCUUCAUCAUCAGCUCCACCACUGCCCCUCCACACUAAUGCCCAUACUAGCCGCUCGACAAACCUUGUAACUCCGGCGUUCUUUGUUCCUCCAUCCUCUUCCACAUCAUUGGCGCAACCGGCUUCAUCCUUGAUGCCUACAGCGCCGCCUCUUCAUCCAAGUUCUACAUCCAGCCAACGUCCUCCAUAUGGUACCCCCCUUCUUCAACCGUUUCCACCACCAACUCCUCCUGCAUCACUUACCCCUGCUGCGCACAAUGAUGGGCGUAUUAUUUCGAGGGAUCUAGUUAAGGAUGCCCUCCAGAGACUUGUUCAGAGUGACGAGUUCAUUGAUUUAUUCUACCGGGAGUUGCAGAAUGCACAUACAUAGACAACUUGGUAUUUAUGAAGAUUCUGGUUGUGACAAAGACGAAAGGAGUGCUUUUGUUCUUUGAGUUUUGUAUGCACUUUAUUAGCCUUUAGUCCUUGAACUUAUGUAUAGCUUUGUCCAAAUGUGUUUAUGUAGAGCAUUACUCCAUAUAGCAACGUUCGGUGGUAUUCUGCUGAUCCUAUUUCAAAUAUCUGUAUUGUCGUACAGUAUAUUUAUGUAACUUUAAACAUCGAGUUUAAACAGGUUAUGCAACAGCCUCA